ACCAAUUACAAAGUUUACUCGAAAAAACAAUAAGCCUUUGGGGGUGUGAAGUUUUCCCGAUCGUCCCUGUAAUUAUGGUUGCCAGAAAGUUCAUCGUCCAUCAUCAAGAUUCCAACUUCGAUGUCGAUUACGACACUGAAGAUGGCUUCGAAGUCUUCAAAUUCCAGCUCUUUUCCCUCACUGCACUUCCUCCAGAUCACCAAAAGAUACUCGCAUUUGACGACGAUCGAAUUGUUUCCGAUGACUCUGAUCUCCUUGCAAUAUCCGACAAGCUGCGCUUGGUUUCCAUUACUGAUCAAAACCCUAAUUUGGACUCUGCCACGCUGAAAUCUGAUGAAGAAUUAGCUCGUAUGUUGCAGGAAGAAGAAGAUGCACUUAUGCUUCAGCAGUUUGCUGUUAGUGAAGACAACGGGCAAUUCGAACAGAGAGUUCGGCCUUAUGUCGAUCAGAUUCUUAUGUAUGAAGACUCGCAUCGCCAAGAGGCGGCGAGGAAGACGGUGCCGGUGGAGAAGCUUGAGGAGAAAGCAUUAGUUGCUUUAGCCAAGGAGGGGAACUUAAAUCCAUCAAAACCUGAGCUUGAUCAUGCAUUCCUGCUGCAACUUCUUUUCUGGUUCAAACAGACAUUCAAGUGGGUUAAUUCACCUCCUUGUGAGGGUUGUGGCAAUGAAACUGCCCCUCAAGGAAUGGGUGCAGCAAAUUCAUCAGAGUUAGCUUAUGGAGCCUCUCGAGUUGAACUUUAUCGUUGCAACACAUGUUCUAGAACAACCCGUUUCCCACGGUACAACGAUCCUAUAAAGCUUCUUGAAACAAAGAAGGGGCGUUGUGGGGAGUGGGCCAAUUGCUUUUCACUCUAUUGCCGUUCUUUUGGCUAUGAUACUCGUUUGAUACUGGAUUUCACAGAUCACGUGUGGACAGAGUGCUAUUCAACGUUACUGGGAAGAUGGAUGCAUCUUGAUCCCUGUGAAGGAAUAUACGAUACCCCAUUACUUUACGAAAAGGGGUGGAACAAGAAACUGAACUAUACUAUUGCACUUGCAAAAGACGGAGUCUAUGAUGUCACUAAACGUUACACCAGGAAGUGGCAUGAGGUUCUAUCGCGUCGUACCCUAACUACAGAAUUGAGUGCAUCUAAUGUUCUUGCAAAUAUAACAAGAGAACUUAGAAGAAACUUGACAUCUGUGAUAAUAUCUGAACUUGAGGAACGUGACCGUAAUGAGGUCAAAGAGCUUGAGAAAAGUCAACACUCCCAAGAAAAUGAUUCAUUGUCCUUGCCAGGAAGAUUAAGUGGUGACAAGGAAUGGCGGACAUUAAGAUCCGAAAUUGGGUCGGAUUCAUUAAGUUCUUCUUCUUGCCCGGUUCGCAUAUGUACAGACGAACACGUUUCAAGAAUCUAUAACGCUUUCUCUCCUUUAAUUUCUCGAUUAGCAGAAUCUUCUUCCAAACAUAAAGCUCUUGAAGCUCUUCAUUUCAUCAGGACGGUUUUGGUGGAUUUAAAGAAGAGUCCAUUCAAAACAAGAAGAGUUGUUGUUGAUUCAAAUCUAAUCCGUGAAUUGUUGCCAUCUUUUAAUCCAAUGCUUGAUGCUCUUUCUUUGAAAAGUAAGGUUGAGACAAAUGGAAAAGUUCAAAUUUGUUUAGCGGAUGAUAAUCCCGUGAAAGCGUCCCUUGCAUUGCCUGUUGUGUUCCAUGCGUUGGAUGACGUUGUCUAUAACAUAAAAAACGCCGACACCUUCAAUAAAUCUAAUCUUUCUUGGCCUCUGCUAAAGCUAAACAGAAUAUGUUGUGGGUCGGUUCUUGCGAGUGGGGAGGAGCUCCCUUUUGGAAUUGCCACAUCAGCGUUUGAUGGAACCCGCAUGUCAAAGUGGGAAGAACCAAAUGGCGCAAAAGGUUGUUGGUUAAUAUAUAAAGCAAUGGGUGCCCAGGUCUAUGAACUGUGCUCAUAUGAACUAAUGUCAGCCAAUGAUGCUCCAGAAAGAGAUCCAAAGGACUGGGUUGUUGAAGGUAGUGAUGAUGGGGGUUCCAGCUGGCGUGUUUUGGAUGAACAAACUGGUCAAACAUUUGACAACCGUUUCCAGCGAAAAGCAUAUAAAGUCAAGUUGCAGGGAUUUUUCGCAAAUGUAUUCAGGUUUCGGUUUUUAGCCGUUGGUGGUGGGCAAGCAACUUCACGGUUUCAAAUAGGCAGCAUAGACCUAUAUGCAAGCAACAAUGUGAACCAAAAACCGUUCUCAUGAUCCGUUGGCAUGGCGGUAUUAAAGUGUGUAGUAUAGUUAUUGUGAACCAUAAAUAAUUUGUUGUUGUAAGCAAAUGUUAUGUUUGAAUACUUUUAGCGGAUGGUUGAGAUCUUCCUUUUUUAUAAUAUUGUUUAGCUAUCAAUUGCUAUUAUAUUUCAUAUUUUAUAAUUCUUUUUU